CGCGAUACGCUUUUGCACACACACGUUUUUUCUUCGUUACUUUGAUGUAUUGCUUCGAGAAACGUCAAACGGAGUUAGUCGAUUGACGCUUGUGCUCCUUACUGUUCCUUUCCGUAUCAGCUUUGGUCUGUUUUGUUUCCCCCCCAACUCGUAAAGUGUCUCCCGUUGGCCAAAAGUGUAGUUUCGUGCAAACAUGUCUUCCUCCACGGAAUCAGCGACGCCAGCUAGCACCUCUGAGACCGCCGUUAACUUCGAGCAAGUGACAUACUUUCUCGUGACGGGUGCUUCGCGUGGCAUCGGUGCCAAAAUGGCCAUCGAGACGGCGCGCAAAUUCAAGCCCGGGUCCAUCGUGGUGCUGCUGGCACGCUCAGCGUCCGGGCUAGAGCAGACGCGAUCGGAAAUACUGUCCGUGAACCCGCACGUCACCGUGGUAACGAGCUCCGUCGACCUGGCAACAGCAUCGAAGGAGCUGCUGAACCAAAUACUGGACAAAUCGAUCGGCAAAACGUCGCUCGAUCAGUUCCAGUUGGCCAGCGUUAUCCACAACGUCGGCACGAUCGGGAACGUUGAGCGGAAGGCGGUCGAGCUGGAUGAUCGUGAAGAGUGGCAGGAUUACUUCGGCACAAACGUUUUCACCGUGGCCGUGCUGAACAGCUGCUUUCUGCGCAAGUUUAGCGGCACCGGCUGCAAAAAACUGGUAGUGAAUAUUACCUCCAAAGCCUGCCUGGCUCCGUUUCAAAGCAUGACGUACUACUGCGCCGGUAAGGCAGCCCGAGAAAUGUACUUCCGUGUGCUGGCGGAGGAGGAAGCCGAAGCGGGUGUCACGGUGCUGAACUAUUCGCCCGGACCGGUCGAAACGGAAAUGACGGUGGACAUACAGUCCCGCUCGAAUGCGCCGGCAAUCCGGGAGUAUUUUAAGAAUCUUCGCGACACGACAACCAUACUCACAACCGAGCAAACGACAGCCAAAUUUUUACAUAUUCUUCAGAAUGGGCUGUUCAAAUCGGGAGACCAUGUCGACUACUAUGAUCACUAGAUGUUGUAUGUUGCUGAACCUACUGUCCUGUACUACAUUCCUUUUUAAUGUGCAAAUGCUUAAAGCUUGAAUGGAAUUUAAAAGAUGAAUAAAAAGAUCCAUCUAAUCAGCAA